CAAAAGAGAAGGAAGAGAAGGAUAUAGUUUCUCAGCAGAAUAUGUAUGCCCAGUUACUGCCUCUUGCAUUGCCUGCACCUCCAAUGCCUGGAAUGGGUGGUGCAGGAAUGGCUGGAGGUUUUGCUGUGACACCACCACCUCCAAUGAGUGGGAUGGGGAUGCCUUCAAUGCUUCCCAGGGGUUCAUACUGAUCUCUGGACAGAUCUAGUGUACAUUUAACAUGGAAUGCCUAUGCCGUAAAGCUCACAUUGCCGAGCGUCUCCACUUGCAUUCAAGGUGUAUUGGAUUUCUUUAUAGUGGAUCAUAAAAUUGAAGUGCUUCU